UACAUUAACUUUAAUUCAUUCGUUCAUCGUUCUUUCAAUCGAUUAUUUCAAUUUUUGUAGGUGAAUUUAGAGAAAAAGUGAGAGAGAAAAAAAGAUCAAACAAUGGCUCAUAUGAUUCUCACUCUGACAGUUACUUUAAUCUUCUUUCUAUUACAAACUGAUUUAUCGGUGUCCAGAAAACCCAAAGGAUCUAAUAAGAGAUGUGUCCUCAAAGAGAUGGACAGACAGGCAGAGAUUGUCUUUGUUUUCGGCCGUCGAGAUGUUUAUUUACCCAAAAAUCCAACAGAAAUGGUUCCUCAUUGCAAGGAAGAGUUCGAUGCUGAAGAUUUCGUCAAAUCAUAUUCUCGUCGAUGCUUAAAACCUUUACCUCGUCAAAUUAUCGGUGUUAUAUUAAUGGGAGCAUCACAGGUAAUUAAACAAAGAUGUACACCAGAGGGGACUAAAGAAUAUCUGAGUCACUAUGAUUGUAUUUACAAUACGAUUCCUCAUCUCCACGAUUGUAUGGACCAACUAGUGGUCAGUUUACAUGAGAUCACGAAGAAACCGGUGGAAGAGCGGAUUCCACAGGCUUGUUGCUCUUUCAGUCGAUAUAUUUCAUGUUCGGUGAAACCAGUUCGAAAAAUGUGUCCCAAAGAUCCAACAGCGGAAGAUUAUGUGGCCGUUAAGAUGAUUAAAGGUUAUGCUAGUGAGGUUUUGGACAUGGUCUGCCAGGGAUAUGAUCUUGGCGGUGAGAAAUGUAAUAAGAUCACAUUGCCCGAUGGCGGUUUUAAAGAUGAAUCAGGUCAACUUUUGGUUGCAGUUCGAAAUGUUACCGAUCGUCCUCAUUCAAUAAUACCACCCUUUAUGGACAUUUUCACCACAAAUUAGGUCAUUUUAAGGGAGGACGGAAAAGUUUGCAUGAGUUUUAUCAUUUGGAAGAGGAAGAAGAGGAAGAGAGAGUGAAAAGAAGAGUCGAAAUCGAAAGUGAAAUUAAAUAUUAUUAUUACAUUCAAAUGGUCACUCAAAAAGUCAACAACAAUUAAUGAACACAAUCAAUUUUAAUUGUAUUACCUUAGCUUAGUUUUUUGUUCAUUUGUUUAAUUUUCUAAUGCAAGGUUGUUCCCAAACCACCGUUAAUCAAGUGAAUUGAAUUGCAAUCCAAUUGUUUAUUUUUUCUCAAUACAAACUCUUCAUUCAUUAAAUCACCAUCAUCAUCAUGCAAAAAUUUACGAUUCAUUGAGUAUCUUUUUUUGUAAGUGUUUUUUU